GAACUUGACUCGUGUCCUGGUGUUUGUGAGCACGUCUGAAACAUCCUGAUGUUGGACCGAUGGAGUAGGUGUCGUGUUGCUCUUCGACAUAAAUAAAAGCAUCAGUCAGUUUUUAGAGCUGCAGCUUCCGGAGCAGGUGUACAGGUGUGCAGCAGCAGCAGCAGCAUCAUGUUGGCCAGGAAGGGGCUCCUGCCGGACGGCUUCUUGCUGACCCGCCUGGCCGAGGACCAGAACCAGCCGAACCGCAGCCGCUCCAGGUCUCAGAGAGCCCGCUUCAUCACCAAGACCGGGUCCUGCAACGUGGCUCACAAGAACAUCAGGGAGCAGGGUCGGUUCCUGCAGGACGUCUUCACCACCAUGGUGGACCUGAAGUGGCAGCACUCCCUCCUCAUCUUCACCUCCGCCUUCCUCUGCUCCUGGAUGCUCUUCGCCAUGAUCUGGUGGCUCAUGGCCUUCGCUCACGGAGACCUGGAGCCUCGUGACCCCGAAGGCGAGCCGGGCCCCGUCCCCUGCGUCACCGCCAUCCACUCCUUCACCUCCGCCUUCCUCUUCUCCAUCGAGGUCCAGGUGACCAUCGGUUUUGGCGGCAGGAUGGUGACGGAGGAGUGUCCUCUGGCCAUCACCGUGUUGAUCAUCCAGAACAUCCUGGGUCUCAUCAUCAACGCCGUGAUGCUGGGCUGCGUCUUCAUGAAGACGGCCCAGGCCAACCGGCGAGCGGAGACGCUCAUCUUCUCCAGACACGCUGUCAUCGCUCCUCGAAACGGCCGGCCGACCUUCAUGUUCAGACUCGGAGACCUGAGGAAGAGUAUGAUCAUCUCUGCCACCGUGCAGCUGCAGGUGAUCCGGCGGACGGUGACGGCGGAGGGCGAGGUGAUCCCGGUGUGUCAGCUGGACAUUCAGGUGGAGAACCCUCUGAGGAGUAACGGCAUCUUCCUGGUUUCUCCUCUGAUCAUCAGCCACACCAUGGAGAGAGGGAGUCCUCUGUACGAGCUCUCCGCCCAGUCCCUGGCCUCCGAGGACCUGGAGAUCAUCGUCGUCCUGGAAGGUGUGGUGGAGACAACAGGGAUCACCAUGCAGGCCCGGACCUCCUACACCCCCGAGGAGAUCCUGUGGGGGCGCCGCUUCGUCUCCAUCAUCACAGAGGAGGACGGCCGCUACUGCGUUGACUACUCCAAGUUCGGCAACACGGUUCCGGUCCGGAUGCCGUCUCUCAGCGCCAAGGAGCUGGACCAGACAAGGGGAGUCCAGGAGGGGGGGUCCGAGGUCCAGCCGCAGGGAUGGGGGUUGGUCCGAGCCGGAAGAGGAGGUUUCCGCAGAGGAGGCCGGACCUGUGACAGCUCCGCCCCUCAGCCCUGGUACGCCCAAUCAGAGAAACCAGCGGAGAGAGAGGCGGAGCAGAAAGGACAGAAGAAGACAGUGCAGCUGGAGGUGAUUGGACGACAGAUUGAAGAGGACGGACUGGAAGACAUGAGUGACUGAACACCUGGAGACACUGUCCCCGCUCCACCUACAAACUGGAUUAUUAUUACACACAGUAUUUACCUCGACUCAUCCUCAGUCACAUGACGCUCUGAUCUGACUCCUCCCUACACUUCCAGCAGUUAAUGUAAAAUUAUUCAAAGAACAUUUAUUCUAAGAUUUAAAUGAUUGUAACCAAGUCUCAUAAUAAAACAGUCGACCGGA